AUGGCGUCAAAUCUUCCAUACAACCUUCUCGCUUGUAAUACAAGUUGUAUUGAUGAAAACACACAAGAUCAACAUCAAAGUUAUGAAGAUAACUUCCCUGCUGAAAGAGAUACUACUGGUGAUGUUUCAGAAUUGAUUAUAGAAGAGAAAAUAGAAGCAUGGAAAAGAGUUUCUUCUGCUUUAAAAUUACCAGAAAGUGAAUGCAAGAAAACAUUUGAGAAGUUACGUGACAACUAUCGUCGAUGUUUAAGGAAAAGGUCAGGAUCCGGAGUUAAAAAACUACCUGUUUGUGAAUAUUUCAAGGAGUUGUCAUUUUUGCGUGAUAUUUUAACAACAAAACCGAAAGAGACUAAUCUACCAGACACCAGCUCUGAUAACCAGUCGUUAAAUAGAGAUAUUUCAUCCAAUACACUUUAUGAUGUACCAUCCCCAGCAGAUUCACAAUCUCACGAUCAAAAAGAAAACAAUAAAUCUGAUGUACUUUUCUGUGAAAGCAUAAUUGAACAAAUGAAGUCACUGAAGAAGAAACAGAAUAAAGAGGCAAGAAUUAAAAUCAUGCAAGUUCUCCUAGGAUACGAGGACGAUGAUAAUUGA